AUUCUAUACCAAGUACCCACAAAUGUUUUUGCUCCAAGGCAACUAAUGCCAAUACACUGACAAUCUCUCGCUCUGGUGUGUAACGUGAUGCAGUAGUUUCCGUAAAUGGUCUUUACUCGAUGGCGACAGUUCGGUGGUACUGAGCCGCAUGAGGUGCAGCUCGUGCUCCUCACCAGGAACAUUUUACUUUACGAGCCACUUGACAGCCGUAUAUUUCAGUAGGUUUUACUUUUUGUUCAGUGGCGGGACGGUAAAAACAUAAUUUCCAUGUGCCUGACUUCAUUCGCGGAUACUGCAUUUUCUACAGAAGAAUGACUUCAGUGUGGAAAAGAUUACAAAGAGUUGGCAAAAAGGCUACUAAAUUUCAGUUCGUGGCUUCGUAUCAAGAACUUGUUCUGGAAUGUACAAAGAAAUGGCAACCAGACAAACUGAGAGUGGUGUGGACAAGGAGGAACAGACGCAUUUGCUCCAAGCUUCAUGCAUGGCAGCCAGGCAUCAAAAAUCCCUACAGGGGAAUGGUGGUGUGGCCCGUACCUGAGAAUGUGGAUAUUACCGUCACACUCUACAGGGACCCACAUGCAGAUGAGUUUGAAGACAAAGAAUGGACAUUUUUCAUUGAGAAUGAGACAGCUAAAGGCAGUCGGAAAGUUCUGGCAUCUGUGGACUUGAACAUGAAGAAGUUUGCCAGUGCAACACACUCACAGACGGACCUGAUGCUCAAAAUGAAGCCUCUGUCGGUGAAGGUGGUGGAGGCCACGCUGAAGCUCUCCUUAUCCUGUGUGUUCCUCAAGGAGGGUAAAGCUACGGACGAGGACAUGCAGAGUCUUGCCAGUCUGAUGAGUGUAAAACCAACAGACAUUGGGAACCUGGACGACUUUAAUGAGAGUGAUGAAGAGGAGGAUAAGAGAUCCAGUACUGGGCUUAAUCUCAGUACUGCAGCUCCAGCACCCCACCUUCCUCUUCGACCAACACGCUCCCAAGAAAAGAGACCUGCAUCUCUAAAGAGCCCUUCAGCAAUAGUCAGUGGUAAGGAGAGGCCUGCUGAUGGCGUCCUCUCACGCCCAGCGUCUGGCACUAUCCGUAACCCUGACCUGCCAGCACGUCCACCUUUACCCACCCCACCCAGUCCAACCCCUCGCACCAUGCCCUCACCUGCCCGCUCCAGACCACCACGUCCACCACCCAUUGCCCAGCGACAGGCCCCACCUGACUCCCCCACAGAGCAAAAUACUACUGGUUUGCUCCCCCCAGCAUUACCCAAAGUCUUCCAGCCAUCCCCUGGCUCAGCUCCUGUGCCUUUUCCAAGAAGACUGUCAGGCUCCGAGGCCCCUCUGGAGGGUCCGGUGACCUCUGACUAUCCUCUGCUCAAACUCCCUCGGGCUUCUCUUUCUUCCCCUUCCGAUCCCUUCCUCUCUCACUCUCCCUAUCUUCCCACUGUGCUCCCGAAAGAUUCUUUUGGAGCACCUCGCACCAAUGUUUUUAAGCCCAAGAUUGUCCCAGGUGCUCGCCCUGUAUCCCCCACUCCUGUCCCUCUCCUCGAACCCAAAACUUCUUCCCUCUCUCUUUCUGAAACGCUUAACCAUCCAUCUGCUGGCAGUGUGCCAGCUUUUGCAGAGCUAAAUGAGCGGACGAUGGCGGUUUCUACAUCUCCUUUCUUCAGUGUCCCUCUAAAUGAACCUGCUGUUCCUUUGCUGAGCAAACCAGAUCUUGAAGCUCUUUGUGAAACAUCUUGCCCUUCUAGUCAACUCCCCAAGCCACCUCCACCUCCCUCUGUCUCCCUUUCUUACCCCAUUAGCAAACCUCUACCGGUCUCUUUUACCCCAGCAACUGUCUCCUCCUCUAUCUCUGCUCUUGCCCUGUCAACCAGUGAAGCUCUCACAAAUGCCCCCUGCUGUUCACCUCAAUCUUCUUCUGCACGGUCAGAAAUACCCAGGGAGCUCAACACACUUACAGAGGAGGAUCAAACAAAUCCAUUUUUACAAGAUUUACUCACUGAAGAACCGAAGACCUCCGAGCCCAAACAAGAGCAACAUCGGACAGUCUGCAGCAUUAGCAUAGUGAAUCAACAAUCUCCUUCCUCCCUCCGUCAACCUGAAACCAGCAGCACUGAAAGAAAAGAGCUCCGACCUGCCACAGCUUUAAAAAGUCUUGGGCCUGUUGGCAAGUCAUCUUUAGACACAUCUGGAGUACCGCCUGUGGAAGCUCCCAGAUCUGAGCAAUUGGACACUGGGACUGUCCCUCCUCCACACCCAUUCUCUGCUCCAGCAACAAUACCUCACUCAUCAGUGGUUUCCACUCUUACAAAGAAAAAUCAACAAGUUUUUAUUGCAGAGAAACCACCUUUGGCUGAGGAAGAGCCUGAUUUUAAAAUGGCUGAUUUUGAUAAAGUGAUCAUGACCUCUCAACCCAUUAAAUAUGUUACUGUUAGCAGUCGCCCUGAGAAAGAACCACUCAAAAUUGACACUGAACAGCCAAUGCAGUCCAGUCUGGUUCAAACCUGUUCAAUAACCGAUGGUGACUUACUAAAGCAACCAGAAAACACAAUAAUUGAAUCAGCAGGGAACGUUCCUUCAAAAGAGGAACCGAAUGAGCAGAACGCGAAGGGUGCUCUGCUUUGUGCCGACCUCAACAAGUCAGACGAGGACAAGAUAAUCAAGAAAUUUGCUUCAACUGUGGUUGCCCCUACAGAACAAAAUAUCCGCAACGUUUUAUCCAGCUCAUCACCUCAACAGCAAGAACCUACGGAUCUUCCCAGGGGAAAAAGUCAAAUGUGGGUGGAAGAAGUCCUUGCAUCUAAGGUUGACAGUAGUUUGAGAGAGCAAAAGUCCCAUAAGGAUCAGCUGGACAAGAUUUUAACUAUUGUGGAAAGUCAAAAUGAAAUGGCCUUCACUCCAGAUGACAGGCCUAGCGUUAGCCUCAAAGCAGCUGCCCCUCAGAUAACAGCUCUGCCCAAAGAGCUUCCUCCUAUUCAUCCCCAAUCCCUGGAGGAGCCCAAAGUCCUUAAAUGCAUCUCAGAAGAAACUCCAGCAGUCAGUGAACCAACUAAACCAGAGCCGAUUGUAAAGGAGUCAGACAACACAGUGUUAACACAGAAAAGCAUGGGGGUCCAUUCACUUCCGGUCACCCAAGCAGAAGUGCCAAUCUGGAGUUCUCUGGAAGAGAAUGUAAAAGAUCAGGAGGAGGAAAUAAAAGAUGAGGAAAUAAAUAAGCACAAAACGCCUCACAAGAUGCCAAAAGAAGAAAAUAAAGCUGAAGUUUCCACAAAAAAAUCUUUAGAUGGAGGUGAAGAAAAAGCUGUAAACCAAAUUGAGGGUGCUGAGAAUCUCGUUUUAACUGAACCAGUGUCCCAGCAGCCCUCCAAUGUCCUAAAACCACAACCAGCUGAGACAGUUAAGGAGAAAAGUAAAGAAGCUUUCAAAGUCAGUAUACAGGUCCGUAUGAAGCCUUCACUUCCUGUGAUCUCCCCUGCUGUUGCUGCAAAGGAAAACAGGACAUCACUGCAUCUGGAGGAACUUUGCCCUCUGACGCCCAACCUGUCUCUGGAUACCGAGUCUGACGAAAAUGGUUUCAAGAAAGAGGUCACGUUUGAAACAGAGAGUGUGUUGUGGGCCACAGUAGAGGAGAAAACAAAAGAAAAAAGUGAUGAGGUUGUUAGCAUGGCCAAGUCGAUACCAGAAAAAGAGGUCCUGGAUAGGGGCCAAUGUGGACAGGAAACAUCAGAAACCAAGCAGGAGGGGCAAAAGGAUUCCUUCGUUUUGUCCCCUUUCCACCACAAUCUGACUAAAAAUGCUAUCAGAGAGAGCCAGAGAGAAAAAAACAAAGAGAAGACCCCUGAGGUGGAAGAUUCAGAUGAUAAGAUGCUGCUGCAAACUGGCAGUGAGAGAAUUUGGACAACUCAAGCUGGACCUAAAGAAGAUCUCAGGACUGUAGGUGUCUGUUCAGGGACUGAACUUGGCCUUGAGAUUGAUGUAGGAACAGAUAAGGCCAUGGACACAUGUAAACAGGAACUUGACUCUGUUUCUGAUCAGGAAGAGGUAUCUGUAGGCUUCAUAAGGGGGAUUUUCGGUGUUCUGUACAAAGGUUAUGAGACCAUGACAUCUAUACUACAGCAGCCAAGUGCUGCAGAAACCGAUGUUCAAGAUGACACAAUCUUGGACAAUCAAGAUGGAUCUGUGGUUGAAAUUCUCCCUCCCGAGGCCUUCUGUGACACCAAAAUGGAGCAUCCAACUGAUGAUGAGCCACAGGAACACCUACUCAAGGAUUUGUUACAGUCUAGCGAGUUACAGAUAGCUAUUCAGACUGCCGAUCCGGUGUCCAUGAGCUUGGUGGAGUGCUUGAAACUGGCUGCCAGAGAAACACAAAGCGGAUCCAUUCAUUUCAAAGCCCAGGAUGAAGGAAGUCCUUCUAAACAGAAAACCGCAAUUGAGAAAACCCAACGUACAUCAAAAAGAAAUGACAAAAGCAUGAAGAUGGAAUUAAAGUCUGAGAGUGUGAUAUCCAAUGAAAAGAUAAACGAAGAGACAUGCUUGCCUCUGGAAACCACAAAAGAAGACAUACCUGCUAAGAAAGGGGUUCAAAACGUCAGUGCUGUGGGAACGGAUCAUCUGGUGGUAGACUAUGAGGAAAUAAAAAUACACGAAAGCCCAAAAAGAAAUGGACAUGGAGAACUUCUGUUUGGCAAGAUGACUCCUGGAAAGAUAAAGACAGCAGAUUUAAGGCCUAUGGCGGAGGAGCUGGAAUUUGAACUGGGUCAUGAAGACUUAGGGACAGUGUGGUCUGCUGAGCUAUAUAUGGAUGGAGCAGGACCAGAGGAAUCCUCAAUACAGCCAAUACCACAACCAAGAGAUUUCACAGCCAUACAAACACUAGAAGCACCUCAGCCUGCCUUUCCAUCAGAAUCUGUGUCUAUAUUAAAAGACACUACACUAACGGAAACUAUUUCCCAACCUGUUAACAAAGUUAUCCCUCCUUGUCAAGAUGAGUGUAAGCAGUCACCACCCCCAGUGCCUUUACAGGAAGUCGGCCCUGAUGCCAUCAGUCAAAACUGUAGCGGUGCAGCGGAUAACAAACAUGUGGUUCCACAAUACGAUGAUAAAGGAACCACUCAUUUACAUGUGACUACAGAGACAACAACUGUAAAGACUGCUGAGAUAUGCGAUGAUGUUGCAAAAGAGAUGAGUGAGAAUAACUUAUCACCACUAGAUGGCGACACUUCAAAAGUUGAGAUGGAAAAAGACAGCAGCCCAGUCAUCACUAAGGCAUCAGAAAGCAUUAUUGUAGCAGCCACAGUGAAGCCAACAGAUAUAAACGUUGAUGAGAAUGUUAUUUCCGGGCAGGACAUUUCUCCGAGAAGCUCUGUGGUCCCGUGGCCAUUCCCCUCUCCUAAACUUGAAAGACACAGUGAGCCAACAAAAGGUACAGAAAGUUCCAGUCUAAAGGAUGACGACCUCUCAGAGGAGAAUGUUCUGUUAGCAAAGAUUUGUCAAAUGGUAGAAGAGGAGACGACACAGCCUCCAGCUCCUGCUCCACGCACUAAGAAACGCUUGAUCCCCUGCAAGUCUGAUUUCGAACUUCCUCCAACUCCUCCCCUGCAACUCAAGUCUAGCAUGAAACUGUCCAUGGAUGAGAUGCAGACAAAUUUAGAUCAGACUGAGAUCACAAAUACUAUUGGACCUCAACCAUCAGUGAUUUCUCAAGAUGAGAUGGAUGAGAAAAUUGACAUCAGUCAGUCUCAGACUUCCUUUGUGCCACUGGAGAACUUGAAGUUAGAUGAUAGAGAAGCCAAUGCUAGAAAUGCUGUUUUAGAUGAUAAUGUCCGGUUAAACAAGGAAGAACAAAAUGUCCAGCUGGAAUGUAUGGCAGCUGAAAGGGAGUGCCAAGAUACGCCAGCUGUUAAGCCCACAAACAAGACAGAAAACACAGAAACAGAAGCUGAAACUCAGAACAAGGAACAACCAGAUUUAAGUAUUGAUAGUAGUGAAGAGGCUCAAAUAGAGCAGGAUAGACCACCAUCAGUGCCUGAUGAAUUGUCUGGUCAUCCUCAAGAAAAGGAUUCCUCUAAUGUAACCCCAGAGGCUAAAGGGAACGAGACACCAUCUAGGAGCCCAGGCAGUGUGCAGGUUAAUGGCCAGACCACUGUAGACGCAUGUCACGUGAUUGUGCCCCCAAUGCGCAGUAAAAGGAAAAUCAUUCCACCACCUAUGGACCUCACUAUUGUAAAACAAAUAGAUGAAUCAAAUAAAGAGGGUUCAGCAGUGCCUGCAUGGGAUUUUGCCAGUCCACUGCCCAGUCCUGGUCUGGUGACCUCCAGUCAGUCCUUGCUGAAGUGGUGUCAAGAGAUCACUAAGAACUAUAAGGGAGUAAAAAUCACAAACUUCAGCACCUCUUGGCGUAAUGGCCUGGCGUUCUGUGCCAUCCUACAUCAUUUCCACCCUGAGAUAAUUGACUUUGAUGCAUUAGAGCCUCACAACAUAAAGCAAAACAACAAAAAUGCUUUUGAUGGUUUUGCAUCACAGGGAAUCUCUCGUUUGCUGGAGCCCUCAGACAUGGUGCUUCUCUCUGUGCCAGAUCGUUUGAUCGUCAUGACGUACUUGUGCCAAAUCCGUGCUCACUUCACCGGACAGGAGUUGAGUGUGUUACAGAUUGAGCAGAACAACAGUCAGUCCAGCUACGCAGUAGCCGGGCCAAACCAGCGGGCGGAUGUACACGCAGCUGCCAAAUUCUGUGCAGAGAGGCUCCAGGCUGGAUCUGUGUCAGGAGACAAUAACAGCAAGGACUCACUGGGAGAGGAGGGAAGUGACACUGUGGCGAAGCCCAACGGAGGUCUUGUUCCUCCACCUCGGACUAAACGUGCGGGAAAAGUGGAUGAGAAGGGCAGUAAGGAGACACAGGAAGGUUCGCAGACACCUGUGGCCCCGCCACGACCAAACGCAGCUGCUUCCAGAUCAGGAUUCGGGCACAUACGAGAUGCGGAUCUGGUGAAGAAACAGCGGUCACGGCUGAAGAGUGAAUCCAUGGAUGAGCCUGAUUCAAAGGAGCCACCAGAGGAGUCAGAUAAACGUGAACCAACAGUUCAAGGAACAAAUGGCUUAACAGCUGAAAGAGAAAGUGCUGAAACGGAACCUCACGAAGUAAACCAUGAUGUUAAAUCAGCAGAUAAUGAGACAAUGUGUCUGCAGGACACCAAUCAGUAUGUGUUAAGUGAACUCCAGGCCCUGGAAACCGAACAGAAGCACAUAGACAGAAGAGCUGAUGUCGUGGAGAAAAGGCUCAGAAAGCUCAUGGAGACGGGAAGUGAUAAAGAUGAAGAAGAGAAGCUGAUUCAGGAGUGGUUCACUCUGGUCAACAAGAAGAAUGCUUUGAUAAGGAGACAAGACCAUCUGGAGCUGCUGCAAGAAGAGCAGGAUUUAGAAAGAAGGUUUGAGCUGCUAAACCGAGAGCUCAGAGCCAUGAUGGCUAUUGAAGACUGGCAGAAGACUCAGGCCCAGCAGCACAGAGAACAGCUACUGCUGCAGGAGCUGGUGUCACUGGUCAACAAGCGGGACGAGCUGGUCAGAGACAUGGAUGCAAAAGAGAGAGGAGCUUUGGAGGAGGAUGAAAGACUGCAGAAAGGUCUGGAGGCAAGACGUAGAAAAUACAGCAAUAAGGAAAAGUGUGUUCUUCAAUAAAGACUUCAUAUGAAUUCAUAUGAAAACUGAGGCUCACUGCACAACAAUCUAGAUGACUUUGACUACACCAGGACAUUAGUGUGCCUUGUUUUAACUUUCAAAGACUUUUGGCUUCAACGUUAAGCCCUUCCUCACAACAUCUUCAAGAUCUCAGUGACAUCAGUGGGAUGUAUAACAUGUUCAGUGUGGAUCAUACUAGUUAUACCCUGAAAGUUUGCACAAUGAUUUGAAGGUUCUUCCAGGUUGCAUUGGUAAAGAGCUUGAUAUUAUAAGCAAUAUUAAUUUAAAUCUGAAAAAAAGGUCUUUAUUGUUUUAUUGGACAAUAAACAAA